AUGGCAGAUAGAGACGAGAGACUUGAAGAUAGCGACCCUUUCAGACAGCUCCGCUAUCUGCCACUUCCUUACUCAGAUCGGUACCACACGGACGAUCCAGAUAUCCUCCAGCCCCAGCCCGUCAGGCCUAGCGCUGGUCCAGCGUAUCUGGGGGGUGGUCCAGACCCCUACAGGGCGUUGGGUUCUUUCUCCGUUCGCGAGGGCCUGUUCGGACAGCGCGAGCUGAGUCCUGGAGCCCGGUACUUCGCGUUAAUCGAAAACCAGCUAUUUCAGAGACAGGCUCCCCGGUUCCCGUCUGGGCGAGCGUACUGGCGCUUCGGCGACCCUAUCCCAGCAGGCUGGAGAGUCAUGGUGACGCCUCAUAUGGCCAACAGUCCCCGUCCCGAACAGCAUCAUGUCCUGGUGCCGGACCAUAACACCCCUGUGUCUUAUGAGCGGCGUCGGAUCCCCCUGUCUGCCCUGCUUGCUCCAGACUGCACGGUGGUCGAGCACGCCGCGAUCCUGCAUAGUAUGAGAAAUUCUGACACCCAGUUUGCUCCCAUCGGAGACUCGAACACGAUGUCCGGAUCCUGUAGUACGGGCGAAGACGCACCUGCGGGCCCUGCUGACCCUCAUGCGCAAAACCCGUCCGAAGAGGCCACCGUCCCUGAGGCCGCCGAUAAGUCGGAGGACUUGGCCUCUGUGCUUACAAUGGAGAAGGAGGUCGUACUGUGUGAGUUUGAAGAGUUGGCCACCCACACGGCGAAAUGUGACGUUUGCAAUAAGCGGAAUACAUCUGGAAUGUCUCGCUGUCUCACCUGCGGUUGGCAGACUUGCAACCCGUGCACGAUCGCCCGUGGAUAUUUUCGCACCCACCAUGUGAACGGCAAUAUCCACACUGGACUUACUAGUCAGAGCGAUCUGGACGCGGCCGCUGAAGAGAUUUCCAAGUCGAAGAAGAAAAAGACGAGUACCCCCAAGAAGAAAGCUACCGGGUCUCAGUCUAAGGCUGCUGGAAAGCCCAAGAAAGGGCGUCCAGCUAAGAAACGAAGGACCCCGAAAAAGGCACCAAAAACGGCAUCGGAAUCCUCGCCUGUGGCUAAGAAAUACGAUGCUGAUCAGGAGAUUCUCGCAGAGGAUCUUAACGCGCCCGAAGACCGUAAGACUCAGAAUGAUCAAGAUGUUUGUGACGUAGAUUCUAUUUUCGACGCGGACGCGACAGAGGAUCUGCCGGAGGACGACCUGCUGGAGGAUGAAGAGUGGACCCCUUUGAGAACGUUGAACACUCCGCUGAAACUAGGAAAGCUGUAUAGCCAGGCCAUCCAGCAGGCCCACCGAGGACGCGAGGAUUUGCACCAGAAGGCGUCUACCGAGCAGAAGGUUGAACCGAUAAAGGUAGCAGACGCUGAUAAGCUUGUAUCCAAAUCAAAAGACCCUAAGCAGACGCCAGAGAGGACUAAGGCUCAGACUUUUUGUCGGAAGCAGCCAGGAAGAUGCGCUUAG